GACAGAAGCGCGCACACUGAGCCACAAUGAAGAUUUUGUUUGUAGCUGUUAUGUCGAGUCUCAUCUCGGCCUGCCAGCCUGCACCGCUGACAUGUGAGCAGCUGCUGAAGCCAGUAGACAAAGGUCCAGUUAUAACUGGAAAGUGGUACUACAUCGCAUUGGCCACAGAGACCUGUUUGCCUUCAACAUUGUUUAGUAGUCUUCUUUCACCAAGCCUUACGGCAGAUGUUACUUCUAAAGACACGGCAAACGUGUUCGCUGCCAGAACAUAUGUGAAAAUGUUUGGACAUUGCUACAAUGAAUCUGAAGCUAUUUUCUACGACAACAAUAAGAUGUUCGAUGUCGACAAAAACAAUGCCCCAACAGGAGAGCCAGAUAUUGUGCUGCAAACCAGUUGCCCUGACUGUCUCGUUGUAAAGUCGGCUGACGUCCUUGACACUGUUGUGUUCCUUAGCAGGAGAAGCGUCGUCACUGAUGCUGAGUUAAGAGAGUUUGCGAUACAGGCAAAAUGUCUUGGAUGGUCCAAACCUGAGGUCCUAGGCACAGAUCAUGACUAUGUGAACUGCAAAGAGUUGGAUAUGGAUGGUGACCUCACCGAAGAUCAGAGUACAGCCAUGCUACAAUUCUUUGCUGAGAAAAUGCAACAAAGUCGCCAGAAGAUAAUCAAGUGUCUUACAGAGUUUAUUAUUUCUUACUUACCUUCUUACCUCACUUAAAAAUAAAAUAACUCCACUGAACUUAGACUCAAGAAUAAGAGUUCAAAUCUUAACAUUAAUUCUAAUUCAGUUGAAUUUAGUUGUGACUGAAAUCUCUGCCCCUCGCCUGUAAAUAGCUGAGAUAGUCUCCAGCAAACCCUGCAAAGGAUAAAGCGGGUAUAGAUAAUGGAUGGAUGGAUGGAUGGAUGAGAACUGAAGUUAAGUUGUGGAUGGCCAGCUGCUCGACCAGAGAAGCUACGGGGUAAAUAAGACCAAAUCUGAAAUCUUUGCACCUUUGUGGAAUUAGCAAAUACAAAGAGGUUUACACCAAGAUUCUAAAUCAUGUUCAUAUCCAGCCACUACAGUAUAUCCACUGAGAGCGUGGUGCAAUCUCUGUCCAUGUUUAUUCAGCAGCGAACUAUGUUUGCAAAGCAUGAGACAUCUGCAUGUGUUUAUUUAACUUUGAACUACAUCCACUUUGAUGGUGGGCAUUAAUGCGGUCCCACUGAAACUCUGAACAAGCUGCAUUAUUCAUUUACAUCAUUUGCUUGAAUAUUGAAUGUAAGUAACUUGUGAUGAAUCUGAGUAUACUAAUGCAGUUGGGAGUAAUUAAGCAAACGCACAGGGAGUUUUCUUGCACUGAUAAAGACAAACAUUAUUACACAAAUUUGAAUGUACUUUAAUAGGUUACUUAGUUAUCUUUGCGUGUGAUAGUUUAACUGAAAACAACUGUGCUGCCAAUACACAUUGGCCUCAUUUUGAAUCAAACCAUCACAAUAAUAAAGGCUAUUUUAACCUACAAUAAGCACUGAGCCUUGACUUUCUAAACUCGAGUCACAUGACUUGGACUUGAUCGAGACUUGAGUCUUUAAUUUGAUAACUCUAUAUUUGAUUUAUUAAAAUGUUAAAAGACCUAUAACUUGACUUUACAUGAACUUGGGCCUGCUGAUUUGGAAACACUUGAGCCACAAAGACUAAAACAUUUUAUUUAAAAAGUGCACACAAAUCAAUUCAUUUCACUCACUGACUGAUCAAACACGGAUUCUCUCUUUUUCUGCCGUGCACGUACGAGUGCGAAACCUGUCAGCACAGCCAAACAAAAUUAACUAGAAUGAGAUUUGGUUCUUUAAAAUAAAAACAGCCUUCUGCAAAUACUGUUCAUAUAGGAACAACCAAGGAGUGUUAGGAAUCCCAGACGGAGAUGCACAAAGAACGUUAGGUGGUCCUCUCAUAAAGUUGACUUUAGCUGACUUUAAAUGUGCUUAA